GUCCUCCAGUGUCCCGGCGUGCUGUGCGAGUCCUCCAGUGACCCGCCGCGCUCUGCCUCUGCCCCGAGAAGCCAUGGCGGGGAUUUUGUUUGAAGACAUUUUCGACGUGAAGGAUAUCGACCCGGAGGGGAUAAAGUUCGACAGAGUUUCUCGCCUACACUGUGAGAGUGAAUCCUUUAAAAUGGACCUGAUACUUGAUGUAAACAUUCAGAUUUAUCCCGUGGAACUUGGUGAUAAGUUUCGACUUGUCAUAGCAAGUACUUUGUACGAGGACGGAACACCAGAUGAUGGCGAAUACAACCCGACUGAUGACCGGCCAUCAAGGGCCGACCAAUUUGAGUACGUUAUGUAUGGGAAAGUUUACAGAAUAGAAGGUGAUGAAAGCUCCACUGAAGCAGCAACGCGGCUAUCAGCCUAUGUAUCCUACGGAGGACUAUUAAUGAGGCUUCAGGGAGAUGCAAACAAUUUGCAUGGCUUUGAAGUGGAUUCCAGGGUGUACCUUCUUAUGAAGAAACUUGCUUUCUGAGCCGCAAAGACAACAUUGAGGGGAGUCCUGGAAUUCCAAAAUUUGGUUGGAGUUGUUAACAAUAUGAAGUGCCACUUUCCGGAUAGAUCUAUAGGAACGAGCGUUGAACUACAUAUUCAUGUCUCCCCGUUUUAAAGGAGAUUUACGUAGGGAAGCAACGACUGAAAGUGAAAAUUUCCUCCCUGCCUGGAAUGUAAAAAAAGGACGUGUAUUGGUGUACGAAAUGGAUUAUUGUAUUCCGAUGUCUGAACACAACUUGUGCCUCACACUUUGAGGAGCCCAGUAAAAUACAAUUCAAUUAUGCAUAGA